AUGCUACGUCUGAAGAUUAUCUCGGUGCUUGUGGCUGUACGCCGCAGCUCAAGACUACAGACAGUUUGUGCCAUGUCAACGAAUCAUGGUGUAGAUGACAAAGCAUUUCUUAAAAGUAUCUCAAAGGAACAGGCAAAACGCGCUUUAGACCGCAGCGUUGCCAUCCGUGCCGAUCACAUUGCAGCCAAAGGCGAUUUCCCGCCGACUAGUCA